UUUUUUUUUUUUUUUUUUUUUUUUUUUUUUUUUUUGUCAACGGAUAAUAAUAUUACUAGUAAGGAUAGAUUUUUAGUGGAGUUGUCUUUGAGUUGGAUAAAAUUUCCUAAGUUCAAUAGAAAUUGUGUAAUUUAAUCAGCACCUCUAGUCCUCCUCUACCUGUUACAAUGUGAUAUAUUUCUAUUUAACAACUUUAGGGCUAACCUAUAAAUAUGUGAAAAAGUUUUUUUUAUUGAAACCACAACUUUGAGAAAAAAAAAAAAAGAAAAGAUUUCAUUGUUAGGGCCAUAGUCCUCUCCCUGUACAGGCUUAGUGAGAUGGCGUUAAGCAUGAAGCAGAUGGUUAUCCUAAUUGCCUUCUUUGGCGUCGUGUCGUUAAUUUGCGGUGUUAUUGCUGAAAAUAAGAAGCCUUCAACCGGAACACCUAUAGCAGGGAAGGGUGUUGUAAUCUGCAAGUAUCCCUCUGAUCCAACCGUAGCUCUGGGAUAUACAUCUUUGGCUACUCUGGUAAUAACUACUGUUAUCGGGUUCAAGUCGAUUUUUCACCCCUAUGACAACAAGGCAGUUCCCACUCAUGCCAUCUUUGGUACCAAAGUCAUGACUGUUUUCUUCAGCAUUACUUGGCUGAUAGCGGGUUUAGCUGCUACACUGCUCUUAUGGCCAACAAUCAGUCAACAGCUUCAUUUGAGUCACACAGUGCAUCACACCCCAAACUACGCUUGCCCCACUGCUAAAACAGGGCUCAUGGGAGGUGGCGCCUUUAUGUCUCUCAAUUCAGCCCUCUUCUGGUUGAUGUGCCUAAUGUUGGCUAAGAAUGCGCGAGAAGAUUACUUUGAGGAAUCAUCCCGAGUUUAGCUUCUUACAAGUGGUGAUUGAAUUAGCAGGAGUUUCAAAUAACAGAGCUUGAAUGAGUGACCAGAACUUCUCUGGUUGAACCGUUGAACAACUCUCUCGUUCAUAGUAGUUUAUAUUUCUUUUUUAGUGAUGGGAAAUUUGUUGAAUACCCUAAUUUAUACGUUGUAUCUCUUAACAAAUUCUUACAGUUCCAUAGAUCGUUUCUUUUUUCUUUGGUGAUGAGAAAAGAAAGAGAGCACUUAUUAUGUGCUCCAGUUACCACCCUCUUAAGAACCUUAGUUCAUAUUCGUUCUCGAUUAUGACUAAAGGAACUCUACUUUCUUUGGCAUGUAAAUACAAGAAGAAAGGAAAGUCUGAAAUU